UCCGCCGGCUUGCUGCACUCAUGGGUACCUCGGCGUCGCCGUCCCUGCUGCCGGUGCUGUGGCUCCUGUCUGGCCCGUGGAUCCAGCUAGGAGGCGCACGGGCUGCUGACAUGGUCCAGCUGCCGGGUGGGCGGUUCCUGAUGGGAACAGAUGCUCCAGAUGCCAGAGAUGGUGAAGGGCCCGUCCGGGAGGUAACAGUAGAACCCUUUGCCAUCGACAUAUUUCCUGUCACCAAUAAAGACUUCAGGGAGUUUGUCAAGGAGAAAAAGUACCGGACAGAGGCCGAACAGUUCGGGUGGAGCUUCGUCUUUGAGGACUUGGUCUCCAGUGAGCUAAGAAAUGCUGCUGCCGAGCAGAUGAAGCCGGUCCUCUGGUGGCUGCCGGUGGAAAGGGCGUUUUGGAGGCAGCCCGCAGGUCCUGGCUCCGGCAUCAGGGACCGGCUGGAGCUGCCCGUGCUGCACGUGAGCUGGAAUGACGCGCAGGCUUACUGCGCAUGGCGCGGCCGCCGGCUGCCCACCGAGGAGGAGUGGGAGUUCGCUGCGCGGGGUGGCUUGGAGGGUCAGGCUUACCCGUGGGGAAGCAGGUUCCAGCCCAACCGCACCAACCUGUGGCAGGGAAAGUUCCCCACAGGUGACAAAGCAGAGGAUGGCUUCCAUGGAGCAUCCCCAGUGAAUGCCUUUCCUCCACAGAACGACUACGGGCUCUAUGACCUCGUGGGCAACGUGUGGGAGUGGACUGCGUCACCCUACCAGCCUGCGAAGCAGGACAUGCGUGUUCUCCGGGGCGCAUCCUGGAUAGACACCGCUGAUGGCUCUGCCAAUCACCGGGCCCGGGUCACCACCAGGAUGGGAAAUACUCCUGAUUCAGCCUCGGACAACCUGGGCUUCCGCUGUGCAGCCAGCGUGGGCCGGCCUCUUGGAGAGCUGUGAGCUGGCACCUGCCCUGUCACUCCCUGGGUGUUCCCAGUGCACCUAUAUUCUUCAUCCCUUCCUCACCUCCCACAGCCAGGAGGCCCAGGCAGGCGGGUGUGCGUGGAGAGCAGGCCGGUUAGCAUCCUGAAUGCGCGGCCCCACACCCAGCUUCCUACCAAAUUCUUAUAGACAGGCGGUGCAACCCCCACUUGACCCUGUGCGUUGUCCCCUGCCAGGUCAGGAACCUGUUUCAGCCUUCAGAGGUCUGGAAGAACCAAGUCACGCAGUAAACAGUACUCGUGGAAGAAACA